UGCGGCACACUGAAACUACAUGUGAAACUUUCUGGACAACCCUUGUGCUGGACUCCAAGUAUCCACACUUGAGGAAGGUGGCAUUUAACAUCUUGACUAUGUUUGGCUCGACAUACGUAUGUGAGUCUGCGUUCUCAACAAUGAACAACAUUAAAUCGCGUAAUCGCUCCGUUUUGACUGAUAAUCAUCUGUGCAACUGCCUCCGUCUUGCCUUGACUGAACUCACUCCAAACUUCAAGGCCCUUGUCCACCAGAGGACCUGUCAUUUUUCCCACUGAUGGGGCACUUGCAGCAAGAAAAAUGUUUCGGACCUUGACUAUACCUUGACCAAGAAAUGUGGACCUUGACAAAAAAUAAUUGACUACCCCUGCAUUGGGGGUUUCACCAGGUCGUGGGGGCUGGGAAGCCGACUGUAUCAUACGAGGCUGAUAAAACACCUAAAGAACUGAGACCCGAAUUGAUUGUGACAACUGGACAGGAUUGGUUGAAACUUGAAAAUAAAAGACUAGUCGCUAUGUGCAUUUAAAUUUUAAAUUUGAUGAUUUGAGGAAUAUCUCUCUCUGCUUUCCUGUCUAUUUAUUUUCUCUAUUCUCUUCAUCUCUAUUUCUCUCUUGCUCGCAUCUGCUGUACGCACUGUUAUUUCGUUUCCUGUUGUGAAACCACAAAGCUGCUAUAAGAAAAGAGGAAGUAGGUGAAACAAAAACAGUACUGUAGACUUGCCUAGCCUGACAGACUGUUGAAAGGGGGGUGAUUAAUAAAAUGAAGGAAAGUGAUUGGUAUUCAUCAUGUAUAAAACAUGACAAACAACAAGAAAUAGUAGAGAAACUAAAGAUUAACUUGACUGAACUAAAAAAGAAGGUGAAAGAGAUGGAACGGAUGAUGCGAGAGUUGGAAACUGAGUUGGGACUUGACGUGAGAGGAUUUAGAGGAAACUGCAGCAGAGAUGUGGCCAAGCUGGCCGCCAAAAUUUCUUUAAGGGAAACUGUGAUGACUGCGGGAAAUAUGGGCAUAAGAAAAGGGAUUGUCCAGGGCAAGGAAAGAAUAGCGGAAGUCAGAAUGAGGGAUAGAGUAUGUGGAAUGCUGGACAAAUAGAAUGCGUGGCAGAUGGUUUAAAGCAAGUUGUGGAAGGUAUGAGUAAGUGUUUAAGGGUUUGUGAAGUGUGACAAAAAACAGAAGUAAAGGUGGACUAAAAAGGAUCCUGUUUAUGAAAUGCGCAUUGUUUUUCUGUCUGUCUAUUUAAUGUUUACGUGUCUGUAUGCCUCCUACAGUGACCCCCGACAUAAAGCGCAGAUUUAACUGUUACUGACUGCCCAAAGGAAGAUGAGUACUUUAAACUUACCAUCUCCAGUAUUUAGUGGUAACCAGUCUUUAAACAGCAAAACUGACGCUCAAUUUAAGGAAGGACAUUUGGGUCUCGCUGAGGAGGAGAGAUGAUGAGCGCUGCGUAUGUGUGUGUGUGUACAUGUGCACUGUUAUGCGUGAAUGAGAGUAGGCUGAUUUGACAGAAAUGAACUAUAAUUGCGGAAGUGUUAGCAUAAUUAUGGUGGAGGUGUGGUAAUGACAAAAGGAGGGCGUGGUAAAGUCUGUGACCAGACGGAAGGGAGUUUGCACUCGUACCAAUAGAGGCCUUGCGAAUCAAUAGUCAUCUGACGAAACAGGCCAUUGGGGGAGAAGCAGACGCCUCCCUCUGUUACAGGCUACGGCCACAAGGUGGAGUAGAAAUAAAGCGAUGUGACUGUAUUACUAACACAACCCAUUUUGCCAUGCUCCUACUACCCCUUGAUGUGUAAGUGGGCACAUGGUCUUGACCACGUGUCCAAAGGAGGGGUAGGGGUAGUAGACUAUGUUUAUACGUUUAUAAAUGUUGGGUAUUUUGGUUUUGUUUUGGUUUAACUGCUUUUGCUGAACAGUUAUAAAUGUGUUAUAUGUAUGCGGAACAACAUUGGGAAGGAAAACGGUGCACCCAUGACAGCCCAUCCAAAACCAAAUCAGUUUUUUGAUCAUGUGAUGAUGGAUUUUAUCGAACUGACCCCUUGGCAAGGGAAAAAGUACUGCCUAAUAAAAUAAAAUAAAAAUAAAAGUAAACCAAAUUAACUAAACUGCGCGCUAAAACGGGGCUGGCAUGGGGAACGGUUCUUCCUCUGGCUUUGAUGUACAUGAGGGGACGCUCUCAUUCUGCACAUGGCCUGAGUCCACAUGAGGUUUUGACAGGAAGAGUAAUUUCUAUGCCUAAUCACUUACCUUUUACCAGGCAACAGCUGACCCUCCAGGGAUGUGACGAUGAAAUGGUUGCGUACUGUAUAGCUCUCAAUAAUGUGCUUAAGAAUCUUUUCUCCAGGGUACAAGACGCCUUACCUGACUCAGCUGAAGGACCAGGGCAUCGCAUCUGCCCCGGAGAUUGGAUCGUGAUCAAGGACCCCCGACGAAAGCAUUGGCACCAACAACGGUGGAUCGGACUUUUCCAGACAAUCCAGCUCUGUUUUGGUUUUCCCGGCACAUCUCAUUAUGGGGAAGCAUUUCAUUCAAUUUGGCAAGUUUUGGUAAACCUGGUAGUUGCGCUAUUUUAUCCUUUUGGGAAUGAAUGGGGAAACUGAAUCGGACAAUACCCGCCAAAGACGCAGUGUGCACUCCCCAUGGCACAACAUGAACCACUCCACCAAGCAUACUGAACUGAGCGAAUACGAACAUAAUACAUGGUAUUAAUUUACAGAGUGCAUGGUAUGUGGGAGGUAUGAGGCCACAGUUCCACUCCACUCAAUGUCCCCCACUAAUGCCCUUUCCCCAGACAGGUUGUGGGAAAGGCAAAACCAUUUGCGAUGGGAGCAACCUGGUUGCAAACGUUGGUAAAAAUAAACACUGAAGAUAUUUCGCCAAUACGCCAAAGGGUGUGGUGAGUUUAGACUAUUAACUAAAAUAUUGAAUACAACCUUAAAUCAUGAAUUGGAUACUUGCCAACAUAACACAGGUGGCCGUCAAAGGAGGGGUCUGAUUGAUGACAUUGCUGGGUGGUUCGGGGCUGUGAAUUCAAGCCUCAAUUCCAUAGAUAAUAUACAGCAGGUCAAUGAAAACCAUGGCCAGUUUCUGAAAGCAGGUGAUGCUUUUCUGAGAUUGGCCAUGGCUGAACAAAUGACUGGUGAAAGACGGUUGACACAAUAAUUGAAGAUGUAAAUUUGACAGCUUGGAGAGAACAGAUGUUACGUGGGAUAGCCAAAACCCGGAUACCGAUAUGUACUGAACGAUGUGAUGAAGAUAUUUGUUUUAUUUUAAUAGUGCCACAUACCACCAGUCGGGUCCACCACAGUACCUGAAUAACGGUCAGUAGUCUAGGGGUAGUAAUUGGAACACGGGUUAUAAACCCACAAAAUAAACACGGCUGAUCAGCGUGCCCAAAAAUGCCACUCUGUACUUCAAAGCCACUGAGUGUAUUGAAUUUGGUGAUGCUGUUCUGUGUGACCAUGCUAACAGCACUAACCUAUCAAUGCAAUUGAUGGAAGCAACGGUACACCCAAAGCUAGGGUACAAAAGAUGCACUCAGAUGAGAAAUGGAACAUGGUGUGUAAUCACCUCAAAUAUGGGGGUGGGAAGUAGCGGCCAGGUAAGCCUCAUGUCGCCGGCUGUGUGUUUUCACCCGCAGGGUGUUGUGACUGUGGGACACCUGAGCAUGCACCCCACUCCACCUAUUAACAUCACAGGCAUUAACAAAGAUGCUGAGGAAUGGAUGAAGACAAUCAAUCAUACAAUAUGCUGAUGGCAUUGGCACACAUUAACAAGCAGCUUAUGGACGUUCACUCAAGAGUUAGUAGAGUGCAGGCGUCGCUGGCGGGUAACACUGGUCAACUGAUAUUGCUCAGAUGCCUGAUCAUGUGGGUGGGGUAUCCUAUGUGGAUUAGCUGGAGAAAGUGCUGGAGUGGACUGGGCUGACCAGUGGAAUGUGGUGGGACAUGCGUCCUCGCUUAUUUUAUUAUUGGUUUUACCUAUUGCUAUUUUAUUAUAAAUAUGUGCUUAGGAAACAAAAGAGAUUACCUACAGGGCUAGUCAAUGAAGUAUUGUGUUCCUGCAUACGGGGCUAUUAACACCACUAAACACUUGACCAUGCCUCUUCUGGCCACGGACGAAUACCGGCCUGAACCCACUAGAGGCAAUUGCCGAUGAUGCCAUUUAAAUGUGGUACCGGGUUUGCACGGCACCAAAGGAGGGAAUUGUAAUGGAAUUUUUGUAACAUUGCAAUUGCUUAGCUUGCUCAAUGGCAAACAAAUAGGUUUACAGAUAACAAUACAGUUUGCAACGAUAAGUUUAAGUAGAGACCUGUCCCGAGUCUAUAGGACGAGCGGAACAUGAGCUAUAAGAAAUAAUAACUUUAUGUGUAGAAGGUUGUGGCAAAGUGCCCGCCCCUGUGUGUAUUUUGCGUGUUAUGUGUUGUAUGUAUGGUGCGUAUGUUAAUGUUGGUGUAUAGAUUGGUACACGGGAUAUAAACGGGUCUGUGUUUCACGUGUGAUUUAAAAAGGUAGUUUUGUAUUUAGGCACGAGGAGGGCACAAAUCACUUCACGUGCUGGUUAAAUGUAAUAUGUGAGCACGGGGUUGCACAGAAUUAAUUCACGUGCUGGGAUUCAAGUGAAUAAUUAGUAAUUGAAUCCCAGCACAACAGUAUAUAUAGAUGCACAUUUUCAUUCAGUCAGGGUUGGGUGUUCGAGAGUGGAGAACGGGUGAGAGAGAGAAGGAGAAACGUAAAAUAAGAUCGUAAAUAUAAGUGUUUGUACUCACCGUGUUUGUUUGUCUCCGUGCACCGUUUGUCUGUGUAGUCCGUUUUGUUUGUCUAUUUAUUUUGGUGUGAAGUGCCGUGCCCUGUUUUGUUUCAAACCUUUUAUUUUCUGUUCUGUUUAUUAAAUGCUGAGCGCGAUCACGCGCUCAGCCUCACCAAAACCCCAAGUCUCUGUCUGUUUAUUUCCUGCAUCUGGUCUGACGCCACCCACUCCGGCCGUCUUUGUGACACGUGGUGUCCUGCGUGGGAUCGACAGCGCCUCCAGGACUCAGGCCAGAGCAGGAACCGCAGUUUUGGAUUUAAAAAAAAAAUAAAUAAAAAAAAAAAAUGGCAGAAGACGCCAUCAAAGUGCGGGACUGGAUGCUGGAAAAUGCUGGGCUGGAGGCCCAGUCUAUACCAGUAGUCAUCCAGUUCCUGCAGUUUAUGGAUAGGGAACGAUGGGAGGCUUAUGCAAGGGAACAGACCGUAAGCACCUGGGAGGAAGGUGUGGGGUUGGUCCUCAGCUACCUGGAGGCAAUUAUAAGUGGAACAGCAGCCCAGGUAGCAGGUCCACCAGCAGAGGAAGAAUGCCUGCUGUCCCCGUCUCCACCAGCAGAGGAAGAAUGCCUCCUGGUUUUGCGUCCACAGCCCGAGCGGGAGGAGCCUGAGCGUCCACAGCCCAAACGGGAGGAGCCUGAGCGUCCACAGCCCAAGCGGAAGGAGCCUGAACGUCCUACGCCUGAGUGGAAGGAGCCCGAACAUCCUACGCCUGAGUGGGAGGAGCCUGAACGUCCUACGCCUGAGUGGGAGGAGCCCAAACGUCCUACGCCUGAGUGGGGGGAGCCCGAACGUCCACAGCCCAAGAGGGGGGAGUCGGUGCGUCCACAGCCCAAAAGGGAGGAGUCGGUGCGUCCACAGCCCAAAAGGGAGGAGUCGGUGCGUCCACAGCCCAAAGGGAGGCAAGUCGGGGCUUCCACAGCUCUGGGACCCAAGCCACCAGCAGAGGGAAAAUGCCUGCUGGUUCAGCCCCAAGAGCCGGAAGGGGAGGAGUUACAGGCCCAACCCCCUGAAAAUUUUUUGGGGGGAGAGGGGCAGAAGGCUUGUGUCCCCCAGCAGCCUCUAUUCAUGCUGCUGAAGGCAGCACGGCGCGCACCAGCCCAGCCGCCACAGCGGAGGGAGCCAGCGCCGCCAGGAGCAGAGGAGCUGCCUCUGCCUCCACCACCACCAGGAGCAGAGGAGCUGGAGCUGCCUCUGCCUCCACCACCGCCAGGAGCAGAGGAGCUGGAGCUGCCUCUGCCUCCACCACCACCAGGAGCAGAGGAGCUGGAGCUGCCUCUGCCUCCACCACCACAAGGAGCAGAGGAGCUGGAGCUGCCUCUGCCUCCACCACCACCAGGAGCAGAGGAGCUGGAGCUGCCUCUGCCUCCACCACCGCCAGGAGCAGAGGAGCUGGAGCUGCCUCUGCCUCCACCACCACCAGGAGCAGAGGAGCUGGAGCUGCCUCUGCCUCCACCACCGCCCGGAGCAGAGGAGCAGGAGCUGCCUCUGCUGCCCGUACCUCCACAGGGAGUACGGUGGCCGGAGCCCCAGAAAGGGGAGCUGCCGGCCACGAAGAAGGGGGACGAGGUCUGGAGACCACUUUCCCCAGCAGCAGUUUCGCUGCAGGAGUUCUUGUGGCCGGAGCCCCACAGGAGGGAGCUGCCGGCUACGAAGAAGGGGGAGGUCGGGGGGACCACCUGCCCCCGCAGCUUUUUCGCUGCAGGACGGGACCAGCAUGCUGUCAGCCGUGCCACUACCGGCAGGGGAGCUGACAGCAUUUCCAGCCAUGGGCCCACUGAAGCCUCCCUUCCCAGCCCGAGACUUUGGCCUGGACUGCUGGGUAUUUAAGGGGGGAGGUGGCCGUUGAGGCCAUGUGUGCUUUGCACAGGGGGGGGGGGUAUAUGUGGCAAAGUGCCCGCCCCUGUGUGUAUUUUGCGUGUUAUGUGUUGUAUGUAUGGUGCGUAUGUUAAUGUUGGUGUAUAGAUUGGUACACGGGAUAUAAACGGGUCUGUGUUUCACGUGUGAUUUAAAAAGGUAGUUUUGUAUUUAGGCAUGAGGAGGGCACAAAUCAGUUCACGUGCUGGUUAAAUGUAAUAUGUGAGCACGGGGUUGCACAGAAUUAAUUCACGUGCUGGGAUUCAAGUGAAUAAUUAGUAAUUGAAUCCCAGCACAA